AGUCAAUAAUAUGAGUUAGUAAGGAUGGGUUAACCCUGCUUACCCACCAAAGUCAUAAACCCUCAGUCCCAAUUCUCUGAACACUCCCAAAUCCUAAUACUGAACUUGCGUUUGCUUACUGUAAACCCUAAUUUCGCUGUCCAAAUCCAAAGCUGCGCUCGGUUCUUGCCUAAUCUGCCAACUUUGAAGCGAGGAGUUGGAACGUGCAAGGUUACAAGCUGAAGAGAAGAAGAGCUUAGUUCAAUUUUCAUUCGAAGACAAGUUUCGGUUUUCGACCAGCAGCCAGGAUGGGGAGCGAAGAGGAGAAUGGAGAAUUCUACCUGAGAUACUACGUUGGGCACAAGGGCAAGUUCGGACACGAGUUUUUGGAGUUUGAGUUCAGACCCGAUGGCAAGCUCCGUUACGCCAACAACUCCAACUACAAAAACGACACCAUCAUCCGCAAGGAGGUUUACCUCACUCCUGCCGUUCUUCGUGAGUGUCGUCGUAUCAUUACCGAAAGCGAGAUCAUGAAGGAAGAUGAUAACAACUGGCCGGAACCUGAUCGAGUUGGACGCCAGGAGUUGGAGAUUGUGAUGGGGAAUGAGCACAUCUCAUUCACCACUUCAAAGAUUGGAUCACUUGUGGAUGUUCAGAGUAGUGCAGAUCCAGAAGGUCUUCGCAUCUUCUAUUAUCUUGUUCAGGAUUUGAAGUGCUUUGUCUUCUCUCUAAUUUCACUUCACUUCAAGAUCAAGCCUAUAUAAGAUGUAGACGUUUGCAGUGUUGUGUAUUCAUCCUGUCGGGGAAUGUCUACAUGUUUAACUAAGUAUCCGUUUUUGCUAAUGGAGUUGGACAUCUGAUAGAGUGACAGCAUUACACUCGUGAAUAUGAUUUGGUUCUGUAUUGGUGGUUACAUGAAUUAGGAAACUUAAGAUUUGAGUGGAUGACUCUUGUACCAAAAUGUUGGCUGGAUUGGUAGUUCAAGGGUGGGGUGGAUUGGUUUUUAUGCAUGGUUUAGUUAUUCCCUCUUUUCCCCCUUGCUUCCAUGAUGGAGCAUCUAAAAUGUUACAUUGGGAGUUGCUUACUGUGUGUAUGAAAUGCGUACGUGCAAGAAUUUAUCAGGAUUUCCUUAACCAUCAAGAGUGUUUGCAGCAA